AUACACCGAUGAAACUGUACUCCAGAUGCGGCUGGCGGAUGGUCGGUUAUCAAUGAACAAGUCAAGAACCCAACAAGAAAAAUUUAACGUUGACCUCAAAUUGACGUUUUCGAGUGGAUUGGCUAUAGCUGUUCUCAUUAAUGGUUUCCAUGAGCAGGCGGAAAAGUGGAAAUUUAAUGAGUUAGCAAAGUAA